GUCGCAAUUUAAUUACCACGCAAAUGUGCAAUUAACUCGCGCAUCUAACCCGAGUAUUGAUCCCUGACCUAGGUUCCAAAAUCUAAGGGUCUUUUUCUCGAACCCAAACAAACCCUGGGCUUAGCCUUCCUCUCCCCCUCGCAAUUUCCUUUACUUUCCCGGUUACUCCCCGGUUCAACCUCCGAUCAGGUAAACCCUAACGUUCUCUCUCCACUAACUAUCUAUAUACUCAUGUAUACUACACAAGCAACAACAAUCGAGGAGACAAUGCAGGUUUUCUUUUGACAAAUUAUUGGUUUACAAUUAGAGAAAGAUGGAUCACCACGAAGAUGAGAGCCGUGGUGGAAGUGUAACUCCUAGAAAGCAAGACGAUGAGGAAGCGGUUGCUCGACUCGAGGAAAUGAAGAAAUCUAUCGAGGCAAAAGUUGCUCUUCGUCAAAGCAAUUUGAAUCCUGAAAGGCCUGAUUCAGGAUUUCUCAGGACACUGGAUUCCAGCAUUAAGCGCAAUACUGCUGUUAUCAAAAAAUUAAAGCAGAUAAAUGAAGAACAGAAGGAAGGACUGAUGGAAGAGUUGAGAAAUGUGAACCUUAGCAAAUUUGUCAGUGAAGCUGUGACAUCCAUUUGUGAUGCAAAACUUAGAACUUCUGACAUACAAGCAGCUGUUCAGAUCUGUUCAUUGCUUCAUCAACGGUACAAAGACUUCUCGCCAAGCCUGGUACAAGGGCUCUUAAAGGUCUUUUUUCCUGGAAAAUCAGGGGAAGACUUGGACGUGGACAAGAACUCAAAGGCUAUGAAGAAGCGAAGCACCUUAAAACUGCUUUUGGAACUUUACUUUGUUGGAGUUACAGAAGACAGCAGUAUUUUCAUCAAUAUUAUUAAGGAUCUUACUAGUAUAGAAAACUUGAAGGACAGAGAUACUACUCAGACAAAUUUGACUCUCCUUGCUAGUUUUGCUCGACAAGGAAGAGUUUUUCUGGGGCUUCCCCUAUCUGGACAAGAAACCCAGGAAGAGUUUCUCAAGGGCCUUAGCAUCACCACUGAUCAAAAGAAAAUCUUCAGGAAAGCCUUUCAUACAUAUUAUGAUGUUGUCGCAGAACUACUUCAGUCAGAGCAUGCUUCACUUCGUCAAAUGGAGCAUGAAAAUGCAAAGAUGCUGAAUGCUAAAGGAGAGCUGAGUGAUGAUAAUGUUUCAUCAUAUGAAAAGCUGCGAAAAUCUUAUGACCAAUUGUACCGUAAUGUGUCAUCUUUAGCAGAAGCACUUGAUAUGCAACCUCCAGUGAUGCCAGAAGAUGGUCAUACAACUAGGGUUACUAGUGGGGAGGAAGCUUCAUCACCUGCAGCAGGGAAAGAUGCUUCUCUCCUUGAAGCUUUGUGGGAUGAUGAAGAUACUAGAGCCUUCUAUGAAUGCUUACCAGAUCUCAGAGCAUUUGUUCCAGCAGUAUUAUUGGGAGAGGCAGAGCCAAAAGCAAAUGAGCAUUCUGCGAAGACUCAAGAUCAACCAAGUGAGCUGGCACCUGAAUCAGAUCAAGGCCAACCCACCCAAGAUAUGGCAGAGGUUUCUGCAGAGUCUGGCCCUUUGCAGGAGGGAAAGAGUACAGAGAAGGGGAAGGAUAAGGAAGAAAAAGAUAAAGAAAAGGUAAAAGAUCCUGAAAAGGAGAAAGGGAAAGAAAAAGAUGCAGAGAGAAAAGGAGAAAAUGAGAAGGAGAAACUCAAAAGUCUUGAAGGGACUAAUUUGGAUGCUCUGUUACAGAGGCUUCCUGGUUGCGUUAGCCGUGACCUAAUCGAUCAAUUGACUGUAGAUUUUUGUUAUCUAAAUUCCAAGUCAAGUCGGAAGAAGCUUGUAAGGGCAUUAUUUAAUGUACCCAGGACAUCUCUAGAACUGCUUCCAUACUACUCACGCAUGGUUGCCACACUCUCAACAUGCAUGAAGGAUGUCUCUUCCAUGCUCUUACAAAUGUUAGAGGAGGAGUUCAAUUUCUUAAUAAAUAAAAAGGAUCAAAUGAAUAUCGAGACAAAGAUCAGGAAUAUUAGAUUUAUUGGAGAGCUCUGCAAGUUCAGAAUUGCACCAGCAAGCACUGUUUUUAGUUGCUUGAAGGCUUGUUUAGAUGAUUUCACUCACCAUAACAUUGAUGUUGCUUGCAAUCUUCUCGAGACAUGUGGCCGUUUUCUGUAUCGUUCUCCUGAAACUACUGUACGCAUGGCUAAUAUGUUGGAGAUACUUAUGCGCUUGAAAAAUGUCAAGAAUUUGGAUCCUCGGCAUAGCACCCUUGUAGAAAAUGCUUACUAUCUGUGCAAACCACCUGAAAGGUCUGCACGAGUGUCUAAAGUCCGUCCUCCCUUGUAUCAGUAUAUCAGAAAAUUACUAUUCUCCGAUCUAGACAAGUCUUCCAUUGAGCAUGUGCUCCGGCAACUUCGUAAAUUACCAUGGAGUGAAUGUGAGGCAUAUCUUUUAAAGUGUUUUAUGAAGGUUCAUAAAGGGAAGUAUGGGCAAAUUCACUUGAUUGCUUCUCUGACUGCUGGCUUAAGCCGUUAUCAUGAUGAAUUUGCAGUGGCAGUUGUUGAUGAGGUUUUAGAGGAGAUUAGGCUUGGGCUGGAACUAAAUGACUAUGGGAUGCAGCAGAGGCGCAUAGCCCACAUGCGAUUCUUGGGGGAACUAUACAAUUAUGAACACGUGGAUUCGUCUGUGAUUUUUGAGACACUGUACUGGAUCCUUCUGUUUGGUCAUGACACUCCAGAGCAAGACGUGCUAGAUCCACCAGAGGAUUGUUUCCGCAUCAGGAUGGUUAUCACUCUUCUGGACACUUGCGGACACUAUUUUGACCGAGGCUCUUCUAAGAGGAAACUUAAUCGGUUUUUAAUGCACUUUCAGAGGUAUAUUCUCAGCAAAGGUUUGCUACCUCUUGAUGUUGAAUUUGAUUUGCAGGACUUAUUUGCUGAAUUACGUCCAAAUAUGAUACGGUAUUCAUCAAUUGAAGAAGUCAAUGCUGCUCUUAUAGAACUCGAGGAGAAUGAACGAACUGUCUCAACUGACAAGUUCAAUAGUGAAAAGCACUCUGACACUGACAAACCGUUCUGUAGGACUACUUCCAGUACCAUCUCUGCCAAUGGAAAAGGCAUUUUGAAUGGGAAUGAGGAAAAUGGAUCGCAUGAGGACAUUGGUGGCAGUGACACUGAUUCAGGCAGUGGCACCAUUGACCAGGAUGGACAUGAUGAAGAAGAGUUAGAUGAAGAGAAUCAUGAUGGUGGGGUUGACACAGAGGAUGAGGAUGAUGAUGGGGAUGGACCUGCUUCUGAGGAGGAGGAUGAAGUACACGUCAGACAAAAGGUUGCAGAGGUGGACCCUCUUGAAGUAGCCAGUUUUGAGCAGGAACUGAGAGCUGUAAUGCAGGAGAGCAUGGAGCAGCGCAGGCAGGAACUCCGUGGUCGACCGGCAUUAAAUAUGGUGAUACCCAUGAACUUGUUUGAGGGGUCUGCUAAGGAUCAUCAUGGAAGGGUGGUUGGAGGGGAAAGUGGUGACGAGGAUGAGGAGGCUGGAGGAAACAAGGAUGUUCAGGUGAAAGUGCUUGUGAAGCGUGGGAAUAAGCAACAAACAAAGCAGCUGUACAUUCCUAGGGAUUGCUCUCUUGUGCAGAGCACAAAACAGAAAGAAGCAGCUGAGUUUGAAGAGAAGCAAGACAUCAAGAGGCUGGUGUUGGAGUAUAAUGAUAGAGAGGAGGAGGAGAAUAAUGGAUUGGGGACUCAGACUUUGAAUUGGAUGCCAGGUGGUACCAGCAGAGUCACCGGCCGUGGCAGCACAUGGGAAGGAAGUAGUGGAAGAGGCACUGGGUCACGUUACCGGCAUCAUCAUCAUUCAGGUAGUGGACUCCAUGGCAGAAGAAGGUGAUGUUGGAGAGGAGGGAGUGAUUUGUUUGACUUGCUGGAACUUCUAUGAGACAAGGCAGUGGAGUCAAUUGCAGAAGAAAGAAGGAUCUUUAAAAAAAAAAGAAAUUGAUUGAAUUUUUUUUUUUACUCGGAUACAUAGAUUAACACCGGUUCUCCCUCUCGGUGUCGAAUAGUGUGCAUUAUGCCUUGAGUUCAGUGCUGAAGGAUAAUUGCAAUCACAUCCUCAAUUUGGUGGUGGAGAAGCUAUAUCCCUUAUAGCAGGAAGAAUUCUGUUCCCCUCUAUCGACAAUUUUGCAAGGUUGAUAUCUGGGGUUUGUUGUUGGGAGUUGAGAGUGUUUGUUGAUUUGCAGAGCUAAGUUAUACAGAGGAUUGCUAUGCAUGGGGUUGCAGUGUGGACGUUCUGAAACAUGCAUGCGGGGUGUAGUUGUAAUUAAAGCCAUUUGCAUAUUCCUAAUUGGCCAUGUCUGUUUCUUCCACUGUAUAGAUGUGAAAGUCUGCCUUGUAUGUCUUGUUCAGUGUUUUAGGCUGUAUUACUGAUUCGUGGUUUGUGUGAUGCCGCCCCUGUCAAGGAUAAAGCAUGCCAUGCCUUAGUUUUA